UUCUCCCGUGCCGGCCCCGGGGGAUCGGCAUGCUUCUCGGUGACGCAUAACUCACGAUACUUCUACUUCAUCCAAGACAUCGCUUUGACACCUUCCCCUCGCAAUCCUGUAUCAUACACAGUAGCCCCGCGGUCGCAUUCGUCGAGUCACGACGCAGGAUUCGGGAGUGCAGGAUGACCAAUCUUCCCCGAUUUCACCGGCGCAAAAAGGAUGUCGCCCCGCCGACCCUGAUUACCAGCAACCUGCCGGGCAAGUCAACGCCGUCUUCGGCCGAUCUACCGCCCAGUUCGCCGAAGCGGUCUUUCCAGAAGCUCAGUCGUUUUAGAGUGUUCCAUCGCUCGUCGGGCAAGCGGGCGCGCGACUCGCCCCCGGCGUCGCUACCACACUCCCCGGCUGGCGCACCGGUGCCGCCAGCAGACUACACCGAUGGCCGCCCGGUGUCCCCCCUGUCGCUAAAGAUGGAGGCAGCGAGCGACGAGGUACAGAAACCGGCCAAACAGUACAAGAUGCCUGCGUUCCUGGAUUUGAGUGACGAAGAGAUCGAGAACAGGUUCUCCGAACUUGUAUGGCGCGAGCGUAACCGGCUCAUGCUCUCGGUCACCAACCCGUCGCCCGACUUCCGGUGGGCGCGCGUGACGGGCCCGCACCUCAAGACCCUCGACCGGUAUCUCAACAUACAGCCGUGGCACAACAACCGGAUCAAGCUGCGGGUUCCCGAGGGGCACGUCGACUACGUCAAUGCCUCACCCAUCGUCCUCGAGCCCUUGCCGUGUCCCACGCCCGACGGCCGCCCGGGCCCGGUCCGCGAACCGGACCGGUACAUUGCCAUGCAAGGGCCUAAGCAGGCGUCUAUGGACCACGUCUGGAGGAUGCUGGUGGAGCAGCUCGAAAGCCCGGGUGUUGUGGUGAUGCUGACGGAGACGCACGAGGGGCACUUGGAGAAGUGCUUCCCGUACUUCCCGCGCAGCAAAGACGACCCGCCCGUCGAGGUCAACGAGCGAGACGAGUUCGGCGACGGGUUCCGAGCUACGGUGCGGUGCGAGGGCAUGGAGGAGACUCCAGCCGGCGACGCGAUCGAGCUGCGAAAGCUCGUCAUCCGUGUCCAUCCGCGGCCAAGGACACCGGCUCAAUCCGAGCCCAGUCAGGGCAAUUCCUCCUCCCCGACAGAAUCUUCUUCCCAGCAGACCGCCGCUACUACUGAAACCAACGAAGUCUCGCCUACGGACCAACAGCAAGAACGGGACCAGCAACCGAACGCUUCGGGGGAGGAAGGGUCUUACGAGGAAAAGAUUAUUUACCACUUUCUUUACAAGAACUGGCCCGAUUUUGGCGUGCCUUCCCUCGACGACCUCGAUUCAUUUUUCACGCUGAUGCGCCUCUCGCGCGAGAAGAACGCCUCUCCGCGAAACCCGCGCGUCGUGCAUUGCAGCGCCGGCGUUGGUCGCUCCGGCACAUUCAUCGCGCUCGAGUAUCUCAUGCGCGAGCUGGAAGCAGGGGUCCUCGAGGAUUGGGACGAGCGGGCUGCCGGCGCCGGCGCCGGCGCCGGCUCGAAGACUACACCGUCUCCUGGAAAGAAGGUGGAUGAGAAGGAGGAGGAGGAGGAGGAGGAGGAGGCGGUGGAGGAGGAGCUGGACGGGGGAGAGGAAGGGAGGGAGCGAAGCAGCGAGAGCGGAAGCGGCGAGACGGAGGGCCCGGAACUGCAGCCGCAAGGGCAAGGGCCGGAUCUAAUCUUCGAGACGGUCAAUUCGCUCCGGGAGCAGCGGCGCGCUAUGGUGCAAGCCGAGUUGCAAUACUUGUUCAUCUAUAGGGUUCUGAGGCAGUUGUGGAUUGAAAAGUACGGACCCCCACAGGCGGACGGGCAGGAGGAGGGAGAGGAGGGAGAGGGUGGAGGGGGCAAGGAAGUGAUGCCGGGUGCCGAUGGGAAAGGUGAUGGAGAUGGGGAGCGAGCGGCUAAGAGGUUGGAGGUUGACCCAUCUACUGAGCAGUAGAGAAGGUUUGGCGGCCGGCGAGUUGGGGUUGGUAUGGAUAGUUGCUGCUGUCUUCCUCUUCCUUCUUGUCUUUUUUUUUCUUGUCUUUUUUUUUUUCUUCUCUAGCUUGACCGGGAAUAUUAAUGCAUAGAGGCUACAUGGGGCGGUGGCAUAUAGGUUCGUUGACGAGAUGGGUUCCGUGGGGUAGGCGACGGGCGGGUGGCAUAGAAGUCGAGCAUAGAUGGAUCAUGAAUAUGGCUCCAUUCUAACGACAUUUUCUUUGGCGUGGUUCUCAGUUUAGCAUACAACGUC